AUGACCAAGCUAGAGCCAUUAAAGAGUGGCUACUACGUGUGGCAUUAUGUCCCCUCAAUAGCUGCGGCCGUCAUCUUCAUUAUACUUUUCCUUGCAGUCACCACAUACCACUUCUGGAAGCUCUUCAAAACAAAAGUUCGCUUCACAAUUCCCUUCGCCAUCGGUGGUUUAUUUGAAGUCAUCGGAUAUGCCGCCCGGGCAGGCGCCAGCAGUAACACGGGCAAACUGAUGCCAUAUAUCAUUCAAAGUGUUUUUGUCCUCCUUGCACCCACGCUCUUCGCCGCCGCCGUCUACAUGGUCCUUGCUCGCAUCAUCCGCGCCGUCAAUGGGGAGGAAUAUUCUCCCAUCCGCAUCGAUUUGAUCACAAAGAUAUUCGUUACUUGUGAUAUCGUGACUUUUUUUGUGCAAGGUGGUGGUGCAGGCUUGAUGGCCCAAAGCAGCCUCACCAGUAUAGGACAAGACAUUGUUCUUGCUGGCCUAGUGUUACAGAUCAUCACCUUUGUUCUCUUCGUGGUCACCGCAAUUACUUUUGCCCGAAGAAUGGGUAAGACGCCUACACCUACAGCUAUUCGGGAUGCUGUACCAUGGAAACAGCACCUCCAUAGUCUGUACGCUGUUAGCGCUAUGAUUCUCAUUCGAUCUAUCUUCCGUGUGGUUGAGUAUGGUCUGGGUAAUGAUGGGUAUCUUCUGGGCCAUGAAUGGCCCAACUACAUUUUCGAUGCUGUUCCUAUGUUCAUAGCCAUGGUUUGCUUUGCUGUGUGGUAUCCGAGUGAACUACAGCCGUUUUUGAAAACGAACUCGGAAUGUAGCAUGCCCUGA